AUGCUCUCGACUCUUGCAGUCGUCUUGUCCUACGUUUCUACUACCGGUGCCGUCGCUAUCGUCCCCGUUGAUCUUCACGUCACGCGCGAUACGAUCCAAGUACGCUCUGAGUCCCCUGGGCUGGACCGGAAGCUGCUAUCCAUCCAGGUCGGUUGCAUCGUCGCUGCAUACGUGAUAUCGAUCGUUUUCACCCUGAGUCUGUUCUUCUUCGUGGGAAGACGCCUGAGAAGGGAAAAGCAGACAUCUAACCACUCUCUGGAGAUGAUCAUGAUGCAUCCAGCUAAAGAACCCGUCACCACAGACCCCAGUCCCAGCUCUCCGUUGCCUGGAAAAGGUGGCUUUGGGAUGUCGUUGAACAGCCUGGGCAGAAGCGACCGGAUGACCCAUGCUUCAGCCGACGACAGCGUGACCAGCAUCGACGAAAAUGUCGUCGAGUCGGAUCGGAGACGAGCCCAGGAGCAGAUGGAGAUGCUCUAUGCAGCCGUGAUGGAACACGACGCGCAGAAAGCAGCCGGUAUCCCGACUGUAGAAGAGCAUCACUAUCCGGCUCCCAGGUCCCCGUUGCGGAGCCCACGAUAUGCUGGCUAUUCUAACCCCCCAACGGAGGAACCUGUGCUCCAAUCAGAAGAGCGGCUCUCGAAGAAACGUUCUAGCUCGCGGUUGUCGAGACUGUCGAAUUUGUCCAUCUUCAGCACCAAUUCACGCUCCUCCGGGCCUCUGAGCGGCAAGCUCCGUUCCCCUCGCAUCUCGUUGAGGAAGCUACCGAUUUCCUCGCCAGUGGGAUCGCCCGCGGGGGAUGCGUCGGAUGCUUAUGCGGAGAGCCAGCCACUGACUCCGCGUAUUUAUACCCCGGGGCCGCCUCCUCCAGCGCCCCAGUCUGCGACGUCGAGUAGAACUCCCACUCAGACAAACCACACGCGGGCUCCUGCUCCUGCUCCGCUCACCUUCAGUAGCCAUGGUGCGACCAACAGCUCGUCCACGUUGCCCUUCCGCCAGGCCUUCAACCCGCCUCAGAGCGCUCCGGCUACGAAGACAACUAUCCUGGAGCGCCCGAUCCAUGCAGGCGGGCCCCGGACUGGCGUGCCCACUCCAUAUAGUCCGUAUAUGCCUUUUACACCGGUGACACCCGUCACACCGAGCCGGAUGGUGACGCGAAAGGAGCGAAAGCGCAUGGAGAAAGAGAACGGUCUACGGGUGCUGAACGAAGAUGAUAUGGUCAAGAGCGACGAAGAGAUCUGGGGAGUGUGA